AUGGAAGUGAAACACCCGGUGAGCGACUGUGCACCUCAAACGUCGCGGGUUAGUUCAAAUUUACACAGCAGUAGUAGCAUGGCGGUAAGCCGUGUUCCGAGCCCGCCGCCACUAGAAGUUAACACCCCAGUGAAGGUGGUAAAAUUCAGCUACAUGUGGACGAUCAACAACUUCAGUUUUUGCAGAGAAGAAAUGGGGGAGGUUCUCAAAUCUUCGACAUUCUCUGCAGGGGCCAAUGAUAAACUUAAAUGGUGCCUGAGAGUUAAUCCUAAAGGCUUGGAUGAAGAAAGCAAGGAUUAUUUAUCACUCUAUCUGCUUCUCGUGUCUUGUAAUAAAUCAGAAGUUAGAGCAAAGUUCAAAUUUUCAAUUCUUAAUGCCAAAAGAGAAGAAACCAAAGCUAUGGAGAGCCAACGAGCCUACAGGUUUGUCCAAGGCAAGGACUGGGGCUUUAAAAAAUUCAUAAGAAGAGACUUCCUGUUAGAUGAAGCCAAUGGUUUAUUGCCAGACGAUAAACUAACGAUAUUUUGUGAGGUCAGUGUAGUAGCAGAUAGUGUCAAUAUUUCCGGUCAAAGUAAUACAAUCCAAUUCAAAGUACCAGAAUGCCGAUUACCAGAAGAUCUUGGAACACUUUUCGAAAGCCAAAAAUUCAGUGACGUUACAUUAACUGUCUGUGGUAAUGAAUUCAGAGCGCACAAAGCUAUUUUAGCAGCGCGUAGUCCAGUUUUCUCCGCGAUGUUUGAACAUGAAAUGGAGGAGCGCAAGCAGAAUCGUGUGGAUAUAACAGACGUAGAUUACGAGGUUCUAAAAGAGAUGCUGAGAUUUAUUUACACGGGCAAAGCGACAAAUCUUGAGAAAAUGGCGGACGAUUUGUUGGCUGCGGCGGAUAAAUAUGCUCUCGAAAGGCUCAAAGUCAUGUGCGAAGAGGCACUUUGUACAAAUUUAGCAAUCGAUAAUGCGGCAGAAAUUCUUAUACUUGCCGAUCUUCACAGUGCAGAUCAAUUAAAAGCACAGGCCAUAGACUUUAUUAAUACACAUGCUACAGACGUAAUGGAUACAUCUGGUUUCAAAACGAUGGUGAAUACGCAUCCACACUUAAUAGCGGAGGCAUUUCGUGCCCUAGCGACGCAACAAAUACCGCCGAUCGGACCGCCUCGCAAACGUGUGAAACAAAGCUGA